AUGUCUGGAUACAGAAUUCCAUUUUCUGCAAAUAUUGAUAAUAAGUUUAUUUGUAUAUCAUGUGGUCAUUUAUUGAGAGAUGCUGUACAAACACUUUGUGGCCACCUUUAUUGUGAAAACUGCUUGCUGAAGAUGUUAGAACAUAAAUGGGUGUUAAAGGAAGUCAAAUGUUUAGACCAGAAUUGUAGCAGUCAAAUUGGAAAUGGAGGGUAUUUUCCUGACAAUCACACGAGAAGAGAAAUACUGCAAAUUAUUACACCAUGCUUGAAUAAAGAUACUGGAUGUGAUUGGAUUGGUGAAGUCAGAUCUGCGGAAGACCAUUACAAAGAGUGUGAGUGGAGGCCAGUGACAUGUGUUAAUUCUGGCUGCAAUAAAGACGUACCACUUAAUACAUUAGCCAAGCACCAAGAGGAGGAAUGUCCUUUUAGAGAUGUGGUUUGCAACUUCUGCAAUAAGGCAAUAAAGUGGGCUGAUCAAGCAAACCAUAGUGAAAGCUGUGAAAAUCUACAUGUUACUUGUGGAAAUUGUGGGAAAGAGAACAUUCAACUGUGCGAGUUGAAGAGGCAUCAAGAUGCAAAGGACGGUGAUUGCACAAAAAAGGAGUGUCCGUACAGAGACUACGGAUGUGAGCAUUGUGAGAAGAUGGAUCCCAAGGAGUUCAGGGCCCAUUUGGAUGCUGAUGUGGUCCCACACUCAUUGCUUGUGUUGCCACAUCAGAGAGGUAUGAAUGACCAUCGCAUGGAAGCCAACGCGGCUGAGUUAAGUGCCUUAAAAGAAACUCUCGCUGCAGAUGAAAAGGUCAUUGCAGAACAUGAGUGGGCACUCCAAAGCCACUACCAAGAAAUCCGUCUUCUGAAAGAAGAUAUGGAGAAAUUGAAAAACUCUCGCGGGUAAGG